AUGGUCUUCAAUCCCAACCCGACCAUCCAAUCCUUCGAAACCGCAGUAGAAUUUGUGGAAUAUCUGCUUUACAAAGACGCCUCUGCAACUACGCUAAUUGUAUGCUCCACCAGAGACGUCUUCAUACAUCAGCUAUGCGCUUCAAUGGCGGCCCCCACAUCCGGAACUCAACAACAUCCAGAUGCGUCCUCUCAAGGUGACCAUGAAGGCAACAAAAGUCAUUUGCUCUCUAGCCCUGGACUCUAUAGAACCAUCGGGGCAAUAGCCGCGUCUCAAAGGAUUACACUGAGAUUUUGCCCCAGUCUUGAGCAUUUCCGUGCCUAUCUGUCUACUUUCUCUCGCCGGCCAGGAUCUUCUUCCAAGCACGCAGAUGCGCUCCGCAACCAGAGCAUGCCCGCGUUGGCUGUGCUUGGCCUUGUUGCUCUUCACUACGAUACAAGAGAGUUUUCUGCCCAGGGAAUUGCACAAUCCCUUGCGCUCACUGUGGAGAUUGCCGCUCGGGAGAAUGUGAACCUGACCCUAUGCGAGAGCACGGUUGUCGGUCAGGAAGAUGCCAGCGGCGGCAGGUUGUGGAAUGUCGAUGUCCCGUUGCUAAGUGAGCAGACCAGGGCGACGGGGAUGGGAGGGGAGAGUGCCCACGCAGGUCGCACCGUGAAGGUGAAACAGGUUGCGAAAAGAUGGUUUGACUUUGUGUGA